GGAAAAUUCUAACAAUAACAUGAGAGGGAGUGAGAGAUGCACACCAGCAUUACUGAAAGGAGACCCGCCUCAUAAUCCCCACCAGAGACCACUGUCUCACAUUCCCACAUUAAAAAACGACCGACGAUCAUGAUGCACAACAAACCGUUACCAAACGCUAUUCAUUUUUCAUCACCAUUCCUUAUUUCUCACUUUCCUUUAAAUAACAAAUCAUUUGCAUUUCACCGCUUUUCUGGAAUGAAAUAAAAUCUUUCUUCUAAUGCUACGUUUUCUCCUCUCAGGUUAGGGUUUCGCAUUUCUCAUCGAUCCAAGCUUCGAAACCAUAAUUUCUUACUUCCGCUCUGAGUAAUACUCUAAUCCCAUGAUCUUCUUUGAAUCUCGCUCUCUCGUUUUUUCAAUUUUGAUUUUCAACAUUGUUUUUCUCCUGAAUGGUUAUGUGUUCUUUUGAUUAUUAAUGCAUUGAUUCAUUCUCUAUAUGUUGAAUUUUGUUACUGAGGUUUCUGAGAUGGAUGGGAAUGCUGUGAAGCAAAACAAUGCAUGUACUGAGAUUAUACUUGCUGCAGUUGUUGAUACUGUUGUAAAGAAAAUUUCUGAGAAGGGUAACAGUGCUGUAGUCCAUCCAAUUGAAACAGAAAAUGAAGAAAUGAUUCCAGAUGUUGUGAGCAAUGACAGCGUAAAGAGUGACAAGCCGGUUGACGAUGAUCUUAAUGCAGUGGUGGACCAACAAGUGGAACGUAUUGACUUUGCAGCUUGUGCAGAUUCUGUAAAUGUGACAGACAAGUUAAUUCGCUCUUCUACUAAAGAGACUGCCGUUGCAGUCACUGAGAGUGUCUUAACAGAAGCUGUAGUCAGCGAUCCGGAGGGUUCAACUAGUGCAGAGCCACAGAAUGGCCAUGGUCCAGAUUCUGUAACCAAGCAGGAGAAUAAGGAGUUAAGGCACCAGCUGGAGUGCGACUUAAAGCCCCAAUGUGAGCAUCUCACACCCCACUCUUUGCUUCCUCAAAAUCAGGUAUCUGAGGUCAACCCUAGUUUAGGGUCACAAGUAAAAUCUGAUUCCGUUUCUUGUAAUUUUGUGUCGACUAAUCAAAAGAAUGAACUAAAGAAUACUAUAAUUGCUAAUAAUGUCAAAUUAGAACAAGAAAUUGUUAGGUCAAAGAUGGUGGAAGAGCCAUCAUCCAGAAUUGAUGUGCCUGUAUAUGAGGAAUCACAUUCGAAGGAUGUUGAAGAGGCAGACGGGAAAAAGGUAUCUGUUGAGGAAAAUAGCAGUAUCAACAGAAGACCAAACCUGAACAAGACCAAUAGCAAUGAAGAUGUUGGGUAUCUAGAAAAGUUGUACUUGGAUGGAAGUUCUGGUGAUGAUUCCAUGGAAGAGGAUAUGCCGGAGAGCAAGCAAUUUGAUUCUAAGUCUAAUGUUGGCAAACUUAGAGAGAAAGGGGAAAGUGUUGAAAUAAUGAAUGUGAAGGAGCAUGAUACUGUUAUGGUAAGAGAUGGUCUAUCCUCAGAAGGUGGUAUCUACUCCAAUAAUGAUAUUCCUUCUGUUUCCCCUGUCAAGAAACACAAAUUUCUGGAUCAAACAUCAGUUGGGAAUAACAAUCGUGCAAAACGACGAAGGUGGAACUCUGAAACAGUUAACGGUUCAAAUACACAAAGAUCAACUGUCAGACCUGCUACUGCUCCUAUGGGUGAGCCAAUUUCAUUGAAGAGCAAUUUCUCUUGGUCUGAUUCCCCAACAAUCGAUGAUGCGCUCAAAGAACGCAUUGUUCCACCAUCACAAUGGCCCCCAACUAAUUCCCUCAAAAUCGAUGGUUUCCUCCGACCUUUUACCUUAAAAGCAGUGCAAGGACUUCUGGGUAAAACUGGGAAUUUCACCAGUUUUUGGAUGGACGAAAUAAAAACCCAUUGCUACGUCAGUUACACAACUGUUGAGGAAGCCGUGGAGACCCGAAAUGCUGUUUAUAAUCUUCAAUGGCCUCCAAAUGUUGGACGUCUUUUAGUUGCUGAGUUUGUUGAACCCGAAGAUGUGAAAAUGAAGCUAGAACCUCCUCCCCCUGUUGACUUUGUCAACAAUGAUUCAACAGCUCCUCCAGUUCCAGUCACACUUCGUCCUCCAGCGGCUAGAGAGCGGUUUCCCCCGCCACCAGCUUUGUCAAUGCUCUCACCAGCGGCUAGAGAGCGGUUUCCGCCGCCACCACCUUUGUCAAUGCUCCCACCAGCAGCUACAGAACAGCUUCCGCCACCACCACCUUUGUCAGAGCUCCCGGCACCACCUAGAGAAUGGCUUCCACUGGCACCACCUAAAGAAUGGCUUCCACUGCCACCACCACCUAGAGAAUGGCUUCCACUGCCGCCACCACCUAGAGAAUGGCUUCCAUUGGCACCACCAUUGUCAAAUCUCUCGCCAGAUGUUAGAGAACGGAUUCUAUCGCCACCACCCCUCCCAAAGAAAGUUGACAAAACUAUUGUUACAAUUGAUGAUGUCUUUCGCAAAACCAGAGCAACUCCUCGGAUCUAUUAUUUACCAUUAUCCGACGGGCAAGUUGCAGCAAAACUGGCAGCAAUGGGCAGAGGCGUUAAGCAGUAGGCUGUUGUUGUUCAGUGUCUUUUCCCAAUGGUUAUUUUCUGGUUCUUGGUACUGUUGCAUGGGUUUAGAUUAAAUCUAUGUAGUGUAAAAACUUCACCAACUAAGAGCUACUUGACUUGAGUGUAGAUUUUCCUUGACCAAAACAUUCUGAACUUUGAAAAUAUAUGAUAGAUAAUGUACUUCUUUUGCCAUGAAACCAAAUUGUGGAAUAACAAUGUUAAUUGUACUAGCUACAUAAGGAAACAAAUUGGUAACACAGA